CAAUCCAAACGGGGACUGAGUAGAAGAGAAGGCUCUCACAGGCUCACUGAGAAUGCCUGCGAAGCAGAUGGCCAGAUCCAAAUCCCCAGUGCUUCUCAUGCUUCUGGCUCUCCUCGCCCUCUCCCUUAUCUUCCUACUCUUCUCCUUCCACAGCCCCUCCACCGCCGACCCCUCUGCCAUCCUCCACCCUAACCAACCCACUUACAAACCCGAAACCUCCUUCGUCGCCUCCCUCGAGCGCUUCCUCCUCGCCCACAAAUCCCGCCCUUCCAAGCCCCGCGAUGACACCGUCCUCACAACGCCCACCCAAUCCCAACUCAAGCACCUGGACGAUCUGGUCUUCCAGAGCGACAGCCACAGGUUGUACGCCGAUCCAUACUACCCGCUUAGCUUGCCCAUGAGGGUUUACGUGUACGACAUGCCCAGCAAGUUCACUUACGAUCUCCUCUGGCUCUUCCGAAACUCUUACAAGGAGACCUUCAAUCUCACCUCUAAUGGCAGCCCCGUCCACCGCCUCAUUGAGCAGCAUUCAAUCGAUUACUGGCUGUGGGCGGAUUUGAUAGCUCCGGAGUCAGAGAGGCUGUUGAAAAGCGUAGUGAGAGUGCAUAGGCAGGAGGAGGCAGACCUCUUCUACAUCCCAUUCUUCACCACCAUCAGCUUCUUCUUACUGGAGAAGCAGCAAUGCAAAGCACUUUACAGGGAAGUUGUCAAGUGGGUCACCGAUCAGCCUGCCUGGAACCGAUCCCAAGGACGGGAUCAUAUUCUUCCUGUUCACCAUCCCUGGUCUUUUAAGUCUGUUCGCCGCCUCAUGAAGAAUGCAAUUUGGUUGCUUCCUGAUAUGGACUCCACUGGCAACUGGUACAAACCUGGACAAGUCUAUCUGGAGAAAGAUCUAAUUCUUCCUUACGUUGCGAAUGUUGAUUUUUGUGAUGCGAGAUGCAUAUCCGAGACUCGAUCCAAGAGAACAACCUUGCUCUUUUUUCGCGGCCGGCUUAAAAGAAAUGCUGGAGGGAAGAUACGCUCACAACUUGUAGCAGAACUAAGUGGUUCUGAGGGUGUAGCUAUAGAGGAAGGGACAGCAGGAGAAGCAGGGAAGUCAGCAGCUCAGAAUGGAAUGCGCAAGUCUGUCUUUUGCUUAAGUCCAGCUGGCGAUACUCCAUCCUCUGCUAGAUUGUUUGAUGCCAUUGUUAGUGGUUGCAUACCUGUUAUAGUUAGUGAUGAACUGGAACUUCCUUUUGAAGGAAUACUAGAUUAUAGGAAGAUAGCUUUAUUUAUUUCUUCUAGUGAUGCUGUACGACCAGGUUGGCUUGUAACAUUUCUAAGAAACAUUAGCCAUGCUCAAAUAGAGGAAAUGCGUCAGAAUCUUGCCAAGUACUCAAGACAUUUCCUCUACUCAAGUCCAGCCCAGCCCUUGGGUCCGGAAGACUUGGUUUGGAGAAUGAUGGCUGGUAAGUUGGUUAAUAUAAAGCUUCAAACCCGGAGGUCUCAACGAGUGGUGAAAGAGUCGAGAAGUGUCUGCACUUGUGAUUGCAAGCGCGCCAACUCUACAAUCGCAGGUCACUUGUAACUGUAAUUAAAGCUAUGUGAAAAAACAAAAACAAAAUCAUAUUUUCAUCACAAGGAACAACCGGGAAGAACCGCCGUCAUUGUUAUUCUUCAAUCUGGAUCUCAGAGGCGGCAACGGUUUUUAGCAUGGGGGUGUAGGAUAAGAUUGGUCAUAGGUGCGGUCUUGGCAUAUCUUAGGUCAUUGGGAGCGGAGCAACAUCAGUUGAAUGAAUGUGUGGGAAUGUCGAGCUCGGCCCAAUGUAGCAGUGUUGAUAGCGACAUGCUCUAUGUGUAUCUCAAUUCUCAAGUUCAAAUUUCAAAUGCGUGUUUGGAAAAGGCAUCAUCUCUCAAUAUAAUAUGAAUCUCUCUUUCGUGAAAGCGUUCGUCAUUCAUACGACUGUACGAGCUUGGUUUGGUAAGUGGUUGGGUUGGGUUGGGUAAAGAGACCAAAUAAAGCAUGUUUUUGGUUUUCCCUCUCUCUCUCUCUCAAAAGUUCAAAACGAAGAAAGGGCAAAGCGUGGGAAAGCGGUGGGGAAUGCAUGUGCUUGCUUGAAUCGGGGGGCCCACGCGGUCACCAUCUUUCAUGAAUACGCCGAGGACCGAGGCAGGAGGGGCGGGCCAACAAGAAAGACGACCCUUAUCGGAUUUUGCUCCUCAUAUUAAUGAUCCUAUCUUAUUAGAUUAAUAUAAACUUGCUAAAUCUUCUCAAACCCACGUCAUAAUCCCAUUUGAAAUCUUUAUGUAUAUAUUUUUUUCGCUUAUUUUUAGCUAUGACACAUGUACUCUUCAUCAAAUAUGACUUUAUCCCGUUACAUUA